AUGUGUUAUAAAGUCUCUAAUCAUCUCACAAGCUCCAUUGCACUUGGCGAUGAUCCUGAAUGGGAUACUGUAGAUAACAUUGUUAAACAAUGGAUCUAUGGAACCCUAUCUCAAUAUGUUCUUCAGUCUAUCAUCACUUCUGAUGCUACAACAACCGAAACCAGGACAACCAUUGAAGCCCUUUUUCACGAAAACAAAGAAGUCAAGGCAAUUGAGCUUGAUGAUGAACUAAGAAACAUUCAGCUUGGUGAUUCGACAAUUUUGGAGUAUUGCAAUCACAUCAAAUCAAUUGUUGAUUUACUCUCCAAUAUUGGCGCCCCCGUAUACGAAAAGAAUCUGGUCACUUAUGCAAUUAAUGGGCUCUCAGAAAAAUAUACUCAUGUGAAACCUACCUAG